GGGGCCUCGGGUUUGCGCUUCCUCCCGCGGCAGCUUCCGCGGCGCAACGCCUGCGAAUCGACCCUGGGCAGGACCCGAGACCCCAGCCCGUGGGCGUAGCGAUGGAGGGGGCAGAAAGCAACGCGGGACAGCCCGGCCCUGCGGAGCGGUCCCACCGAAGUAGCGUCUCUUCAGUGGGUACCCGAGCAGCUGAUGUACUGGUGUAUCUGGCUGAUGACACGGUAGUGCCCCUGGCCGUGGAGAACCUGUCCUCGAUCAGUGCCCAUGAGCUGCACCGUGCAGUCCGUGAAGUGCUGCAGCUCCCAGACAUAGCCCUGGAGGCCUUCGCACUCUGGCUCGUGUCCCCUCUGCUGGAGGUACAGUUGAAACCCAAGCACCAGCCCUACAAACUGGGCCGCCAGUGGCCAGAGCUGCUGCUGCGAUUCACCGACGCCACAGAUGAUGAUGUAGCUAUGGAUGAGCCUUCCCUUCAGUUCCGAAGGAAUGUGUUUUUCCCCAAGCGCCGAGAACUCCAGAUCCAUGAUGAGGAGGUCUUGCGGCUGCUCUAUGAGGAAGCCAAGGGCAACGUGCUGACCGCUCGGUACCCUUGUGACUUGGAGGACUGUGAGGUGCUGGGUGCCCUCGUGUGCCGUGUGCAGCUUGGGCCCUACCAGCCUGGCCAGCCUGCUGCCUGCACUCUGAGAGAGAAGUUGGACUCCUUCCUCCCUGCCCACCUCUGCAAGCGAGGCCACGGCCUCUUUGCUGCCUUCCGGGGCCGUGGGACCAAGACUGGGCCAGGUGAGCAGGGCCUGCUGAAUGCCUACCGCCAGGUGAAGGAAGUGACCGGCAACAGCAGUGAGCGUGAGACCACCCUGGGCUCCCACUAUCAUGCGUACCUCCUCAAGUGCCAUGAGUUGCCCUUCUACGGGUGUGCCUUCUUCCAUGGUGAGGUUGACAAGCCAGCCCAGGGCUUCUUGCAUCGGGGUGGGCGCAAACCAGUGACUGUGGCCAUCAGUCUGGAGGGUGUGCAUGUCAUCGACAACAGGGAGAAGCAUGUGCUGCUGGGCCUGCGCUUUCAGGAGCUGUCAUGGGAUCACACUUCCCCUGAGGAGGAAGAACCUGUCCUGUGGCUGGAGUUUGAUGGUGACAGUGAGGGCACGCCUGUCAACAAGCUGCUGAGGAUCUACUCCAAGCAGGCUGAGCUGAUGAGUGGCCUCAUUGAGUACUGCAUUGAGCUGAGCCAGGCCGCUGAGCCUACUCUCCCCCAGGACGCAUCUGGCCCUCACGAAGCUCCCAACCUCUCUCCACCUCCCACCCAGCGCCCCAAGCUGCGAAGGCAGGGUAGUGUGGUGUGUAGCCGGAUUCAGCAUCUCUCCACCAUUGACUAUGUGGAAGACGGCAAGGGGAUCAAGCGGGUGAAGCCAAAGCGAACCACCUCCUUCUUCAGCCGACAGCUGUCCUCCAGCCAGGGAAGCUACACUGUGGUGCAGCCCACUGACGACAGCCUGGACCAGAGCUGAGGGAAGCCACAGCUGGCAGCAGGGAGACAUCCGGGUGCCCUAGACAUGACCAGGCACAGUCCUAAGCAGGCUCAGAGGCUGUGGGCCUGGGUGGGGUACAGUGCAGGGUCUGUUGGAGUUUCAGAUCAUGGAAAAGUGACAUCCAAGCCUUCCCUGAGCCUGGCGUAGGCAGAGCUGCGCUGCAGCCCUUUCUGCAGCCUGCCGCCUCCCUCAGCUCCAAGCGCAGCAGCUGACUGAGACCCAGCUGCCCCUCUUGCUCUUCCCCAAGUAGACUGGGUCUUCUCUCUGGAGGGACUGCUGGCGGUUCCCAUAGCAGGUGACUGAAAUCAGAGCUCAGGGCCUGCAAGUUCAGUGUUUGCCUUUGGUCAUGGGCCCUUGGUGAGCUUAUCUUGCAUUCCUUCUGCUGACAUUCCACAUGCUGGCCGGCCAGGCUGCCAUCUUUCCCCCUAAGUUAUAUUGGAACUGGAGGGCACCUCUGUAGGCUAACCCUAAGUUGAUGACUGCCGCUUUGUUGGCCUUUACUGAUGUCUCUGUGCCGAAUGGUGGCUGUCCUAGGAACCAGAUCCACACUGCACACAAGAAAAGCCCUUACAUGUCCCUGGGCUGGAAUGACUGUCCCAUACUGGGCAGUCCCCUUACUUCCUGGUCUGGGUCUCAGGGUUAGAUUUUGCCUUGUCUCUUCUACUCUGAGAUGAUAAAGCCUGGGACCUGGCAACUCAGAAUUGCACUGCAUUGUGGGAUUCCCUGAGGCCAGCCACAGGGGCUCAAGCCACUGCUCCUCUCCUAAGGAUAUUGUAAAGGAGGCCUGUCCCCAGCUCUGCCCCUCUGUCAGCCUUGACUGCUCCUGAGAGGAGCUGGUUCAGGGAGGGGUGCUGUCCAGGCCCUUAAGCCCUCAGUACUCCCUGGGAAUCCCCAGAGGGUCCCAGAGACAUAGCUUAGCUUUGUCUUCUCGGUGGAGAGCCACAGAAAUGCAAACCCUCACAUUUCUGUAAAUGAAAGCAGUUUGCCCAGUGAGCUCCAGAAGUCUUGGCAGCAGAAAGAAAGGAAAAGAUGGCUUCACCUACUGCAGUGUCUAUAGGAUGGUGUCACCUGCCAAUUGUAGUUAACCCUUUUGGAGUCAUGUGUUCCCUGAGCUACCGGCCCACUCUCGGCGAAGUUAGUCAUCUUGACUGCUGUUGAUGGCUUCAGAUCAUUAUGUGAGGGGCCAGAUGUGUGUGCCUGAGUACACAGACUCUGCAUUUCCACUUGAGCCUUUGAGUUUUCUAAUUACCACGUGUGCCUUAACCCUCUAGGACAGAGCACUAUUUUACUAAAUAAAUGUCUUGAGUGUUCUCAGUCUUCCCUAUCACUGGACUUAAUAAAAUCAUCACCCAGCA